AUGGCCCGACCAACGCAACAUUACUGGGACACCGUUAAGAACGAGCAGCCGACGCUACAGUCCCUGCAGAGGGUGCAGCGGGACCUGGUGGAGUUACACGCCGACGCUACACCGGGAGUGUUCGUCGUCCCGGAGGAGAGCGACGUGAGCGUGCUGCACGCCAUCAUCGUGGGCCCCUGGGGCACGCCACUCGAAGGUGGCCUCUUCCGCCUGCAGUUGAAGUGCCCGCCCGACUACCCGAUGCGGCCGCCUCGUUCCUUCCUGGCCGACGGCGCUGCGGAGAUCAUGCGCCACAACGCGAUUAGGGUCGCGGUGCGUGACACGCUCGAAGGCUGUCUACGAGAAGCAUCCGAGUCUCCUAUGCCACCGGCUCUCACGCAGAAGGUGCUCAAGUACUUCGCCGAAAACUACGCAAAUUACGAGGACGCGGUCCAGGCGCAGAUUAAUUCCUGGGGAGUAUUCUCGUGGAUUUCGGGUGUCGCGUACGGCAGUAACGAACCACUGCUGAAGCGACUUCGCGACAUCAAGGAGAAAAUUGACGAAAAGAACGUGACGGCCACCCGGCAAAAAAACAAGGAGUGA